UACCGCACCAGGGGACGCCAGGGAGCGUAUAUAUGUGGAAACUAUUAGAAGAAGAAGCAGAACAACUCCAUUCAGGUAAAGAGAGGGUUCGGUCGCAGAAGCCAGGAUCCAUGACCAUGGUCGGGGGUGUACCGGCCGCCGCCGCCUUCUUCAUCCUCUUCCUCGGUGCCAAUGGUGCAACACAAGUCAAGUUCACGUUCCAUAACAACUGCCCGGAGACCGUCUGGCCGGCGACGCUGUCCUCGGCGGGCCACCCGCCGUUCCCGACGACCGGCUUCGCGCUGCCGCCGGGGGCCUCGCUCUCCGUCGCCGCCGUCACGCCUACGUGGUCGGGCCGGGUGUGGGGACGCUACCGGUGCGCCACCACCUCGGGGGGCGCCAGCGGCAGCCGCUUCUCCUGCGAGUCCGGCGACUGCGGGACGGGCCAGGUCGCGUGCAACGGCGCCGGCGGCGCCCCGCCUGCCACCCUCGCCGAGUUCACCCUCGGCGGCGGCCUCCGCGACUUCUACGACGUCAGCAACGUGGACGGCUUCAACCUGCCGGUCGAGGUGCGCCCGGAGGAUCUGCAGGACGGCGCGCGCUGCCGGACGACGUCGUGCCCGGCGGACAUCAACCGCGUGUGCCCUGGCGAGCUGGCGGUGCGAGCGGCUGGCGGCGGCGCGGCGGCGGCGGCGGCGGUGGCGUGCAAGAGCGCGUGCCUGGCGUUCGGGACGGACGAGUACUGCUGCCGCGGGCGGUUCGCGUCGCCGGCGGCGUGCGGUCCGAGCAGGUACUCGAAGCUGUUCAAGGCGCAGUGCCCGCAGGCAUACAGCUACGCGUUCGACGACGGGAGCAGCACCUUCACCUGCGGCAACGCCACCGGAUACCGCCUCACCUUCUGCCCCGCCGCCGCCAACAACUAGCUAAUCAUGCCGCCUGCAGGCCGGUGAUCGAUCGAUCUAUCAUUCGCCCGAUUAUUUUAGUCGAAGGAACUCGAAUAUAUUACUCAAAAGAUCGGUGUUGUACUCGUGUAGUAAUCCAUUAUUUGGGGGUAAAAGAAGACACUAAUCCAUUAGUGUCAACCUAUCUAUUGGCUUAUAUUCCUAUAUGCUAAAAUUUAAAUUUUCAAACUUAAUUUUAGAUUAAAUUUUAGAGUUUUUUUA